AUGGAUCAACUCCGAAAAGAGGGAUGGUUCAUCAACGAAUCUCAAACUUCCGAGUUUUUUGAAGAAGGAAUUCUCCCAAAGACAAGUCAAGAGAUAGUGAAAACAAUUCUGAACGAGGAUCUCCGUCAUUUCGGUGAAGCCAGUAUCAUCAAUUUACAAAAAAAGGAAGAAUCAGUGUUCGAUGGUCCGUGUGUUCUUCAAUUGCUUCGCUAUCGAAACGUUUCGGUGCCAAGGAUCAAAGAAGAACUCAAUCAAACAGACCCCGCCCACUCCAUCAUUCGACUCUUCUUCACUGAUGGACACACUUCAAUUUCUGCUGUGGUACUUCAAACAAUUCCUGGAAUCAAUUCAGAUACACCACCUGGAACUAAAAUUCAAAUAAAUGGAACCGUUCCGAUUGAGGGAAAUUUUCUAAUUUUGGACAAGAAAAAUGUAAAAAUAUUGGGCGGACGAGUGGAGGAAAUGAUUGAAAAAUGGAAUGUAGAGAAGAGUUCAGUGAGAGCAGAUGGAUUCAAGUCGAGUGUUGGAAAAGGAACUGGCGCUCCGAAAUGGGUUUCAUUCGGAAAACGUGGUCAGAAAGGUCAACUCGAAAAAGGAUUCAAAGCGAAUAGCGUUAUGCCAAAAAAUCAAAAAGAAGGCGACGAAGCUGACGAUUUUUCGAAGAAUCGUGCAGAAAUACUCAAGGAAUUGGAUACAGAAACUGCAAAAACAUUUGCUAAACCCAAUUUAGCUCCACCUCCCGUCAAAGCUCCGCCUCCUCCGAAAGAGAGACAAGCUCCAACUGCGAAACCAGUGGGGGCGAGACCUCCGAGAAAAGGGCGUGGUCGGAAGAAUUCAGAAGACGGUCCAGAUGUCGAUGUUGGAGAAUAUGCAAAUCAUAAACCAAGUGGUCCUGCUACUCUAUUCGAUUUCAUUGGAGGUGGUGGAGAGAAAGGGGCGGAGCUUCAAGCAGUCAUUGAGAAAACUUCGAAGUUGAAUGUAUCGUCAUCGAAUAAUGAGGGAAGAGGAGGAUCCAAAACUUUCGAAAAGAAGUUUGAUAAUAAUAAAGGAGGAAAUUUCAACAAGAAGUUUGGAAAUGAUAGUCGGCAAUCUAAUAACGGAGGAGCAAGUGGUUCAGGUGGUAAAUAUGUGGAUCGAGAACAAAGACCUCCAAGAAACGACGUCAGAGGAGGGCCAGCUGGUUCGAAAUAUCAAUCUAACAACGAUCGAAAUCCUCAAUCUUCGAAAAAUUAUAAUCAAUCAAACCAAGGAGCACCACGUGGAAAUCUGGGAACGAAACCUUUCGGAGACAAAAAUUCUGGAAAAUCAUACGAGAAUUCUGGAAAACCACAAGGAGGAAACGGACAUCAGAAGUAUUCUGAUCGCCCGAACACAGGCCCACCAGCCGCUCAGAGUCAAUCAAAUCCACGUGGUGGCAGUCAGCAACACCACCAACAGAAUCGUUCAUCGAAUAAUCGUCCAAACUACUCUCAAGGAAAUUCAACAAACAAUAAUUACAACUCCAAUCAGACAGCUGAAAAUCCACGUCAACAAAGCUUCCGUCAGAAUCCUCAACAUUUCCAUCAAGGGCCUCCGCAAGGUUCACAGAAUUUCCAACGGGGUCCUCCACAGAAUCCACGUGUAAACUUCGGACAAGGGCAACAUCAAAACUUCCAAAGAGAAGGAGCACAUCAAAAUCCACGUGGAAAUCAACAGUUUCAAGGUGCACCACGUGGAAACCCGAAAGGAGGAUACCAACCUCAAGAAAAUCUUGGACAAUGGCAAGUUGGCUCACAAUGUCUCUCCACGUGGACGGAUGGAAACUUGUAUCCAGCGACGAUCACCCAACUACUCCCAGAUAGACAAGCGGUUGUUCGCUAUAAUGAAUACGGAAAUAUGCAAACAGUUCCAGUUGAUUUUUUGAUUUUCCAAUAA